UUGUAACAUAAUAUUACCAGCUGAUCGCACUGAUGUAUACAACUGUUGUUUCCCUUUCAAAACAACAAAAGACAAAUAAUAUAAAACAUUAAUUAAAAGUUACUAAGUAAUUCGCAAUGGCAGUCCCGUUAUUCCCUAAAUUAAUGCCGAAAUUGAUUGAUUCUGAAUGGUUAAACGUUGAUCAACCCUGCGACGACGAAAGUGAAGUUUCACAGUUGGAAAGAGAACAUCAAGCCUGGUUAUUAUCAAUACAACAGAGAAACAUGGAUUUACUUCCAAUAGGCAAAACACAAGCAGAGAAUCUGGAUGAAGAAGAAGAGGAAGAUGAUGAAGACGACAACGACGACGACGACGAAUCAGAAACCCACGAUGAAGAAGACGAGGAUGAAAUCGAGGUGGACGUCACCGAAAGAAACUCUCCGGUGGAUGUAAACAUCCGCAUGGGUCAGGGGCAUGGUGUACGAUAACCGAGAACAACAAGAGGUUUGUAGAUAAUCCAAGGUUAAAUAUUACAUGAUUACAAGCAGAUAAUAACAGAUAGCGCUACUGGUAUUCAACUGAAGUCAUCACCAGCUGUUUACUUGUCAUGAUUGUCGACGUGACUACCGUCUCGCUUCGUCUUACGUGAUUAAACAUUAUCACUAAAAGAAA